AAUGUUGCAAUAUUUAUCAUUUCAAUGUAUUGUUACACAGCAGCUCAGCUCUCUGCACUACAAGACUCAAACGUGUCUGAAGAGAAACUCGACAUGGAUAUGCUACCAAAAGUCCCUGUUCCAGACCUGCAGCACACACUGAACAUGUACCUGAGAUCUGUGAAACAUGUUGUUUCUAAAACACAGUUCUGUAAAACCAAAGCCAUGGUGGAGAUGUUUGGCAAACCCGGAGGUCUUGGGGAAAGACUUCAAAAACAAUUGCUUGAAAGAAGAGAUGCCACGGAGAAUUGGAUGUAUGAAUACUGGCUGGAUGACAUGUAUCUGAAAAACAGACUGGCUCUGCCGGUCAACUCCAGUCCUGCGCUGGUUUUCCCUAAACAACCCUUCAGAGACUUCAAAGACUCUCUCAUGUUUGCAGCACAUCUCAUUCGAAGUGUUUCUGAAUACAAGCUGAUGGUGGACAGUUGCAUCGUUGUGUAUGAAGCAGUAUCAGCGACUCUUCACCUCAUCAACAGACGCUGUCUACUCAACAAAGACACACUGUUCUUUGUGCUGAAUGUGACUGGAGGCUCCAGUCAGCUGAAUGACACAGAUGUUCAGGAAGAGCUGCUGUGGAUCUAUGAGCAGACGCAGAAUUCUGUGCAGAAGCAGCCGGCCGUGGGACUUCUGACCUCCGACAGCCGGACCGAGUGGAGCAAAGCCAGAGAGAAACUGCUGAAAGAUCCCAUAAACAGAGAGUCUUUGGAGCUGAUGGAGAGCUGCAUGUGCAUCAUCUGUCUGGAUGAACCGAUGGGUUUUCAACCCAGCGACACUGACAGAGCUUUAAUGAUGCUGCAUGGGGUUGGUCCUAAUAAAAACGGGGCAAACCGCUGGUACGACAAACCUCUGCAGUUUGUGAUCGGUGCAGAUGGUGUAUGUGGGGUUAUUCCUGAGCAUUCACCGUCUGAGGGCAUCGUCGUCGUGCAAUGUGCCGAAUAUCUCCUGAAACACAUGCGGAGCGGCUCGGGUAAAGCAAGCCCAGGGUUGAAAACCUCUGAACGUCCUCGUCCAUGUAGAUUAGUGUGGAGAUGUUCAGCUGACGUUCAGGAGAUGUUGGAUUCAGCAGCAGAUCACCUGCAGAGCUCCUGCACACUGCCUUCUUAUCAGGACAUCCAGGAAAAUGAGCUGUGUGCUGUUCACUCCCGCAUCUAUAGCACUCUCGUGAGGAAUCUAGACAUGAACAUUUUCACAUUUCAACUUUAUGGGAAGGAGUUUAUCAAACAGCAGAAGAUGAGUCCUGAUGCUUACAUACAGGUGGCUCUUCAGUUGGCCAUUUACAGAUGUUACAGGAGGCCCGUGGCCACCUACGAGAGCGCGUCGCUGCGGCGUUUCCACGAGGGUCGUGUGGAUAAUAUCCGCUCGGCCACUUCAGAGGCUCUGGAGUUUGUGAAGGCUAUGACGGAUGACGCAACAUCCAUCCAGGACACAGAGAAGAUGAAGAAACUGCAAACUGCUGUGGACACUCAGACAGAAAUCACAGCUCUGGUCACCGCAGGAAUGGGGACAGACAAUCACUUACUAGGACUGCGUGAAAUGGCCGAGAUGAUGAAAAUAGAGACGCCGGACAUUUUCACUGACGAAACGUAUGGGAUCAGUAACAACUUCAUCCUUUCCACCAGUCAGGUUCCCACAACAAUGGAGAUGUUUUGUUGUUACGGUCCAGUGAUUCCUGAUGGCUAUGGCGUGUGUUAUAACCCACAGUCUGAUCACAUUGUGUUCUGUGUGUCGAGCUUCAGAGGCAGUCAAUUUACCUGUUCAGGUGCGUUUGUGAAGGCGCUGGAUCAAGCCUUACAGGACACGAGGGAUGUAGUGUGUACUAAACCUCCUGAAAAACAACAACAUCACAGAAACAUUUAACAUCUCAACACAAACACCCCAUUUAACAUAUGCAAAAUACUCUGAAUAUGUAGAUUGUGAAUGUGAAUGUCAUGGUUGAAUUAUAUAGUGUAAUACAAUAAUCAGAGCUGAAGAAGUUGAAUAUAUCUACACAAUGAAAAUAAUGUUAUGUUUUUUUUUUAUUGUGUUAUGUCCAUUUUAAUUGUGUGUGUGUGUGUGUGUGUGUGUGUGUGUGUGUGUGUGUGUGCGUGCGUGCGUGCGUGCGUGCGUGCGUGCGUGUGUGUCACACUUUAAGCUGUUGUGUAUUUAUUCAAUUAUCAAUUAUUUAUUUUUCACACUGUGCACAUAAAGUGCAAUAAUUAAGUGAAAUGCUCAGAGGUAGAUUGUGUGAUUAUGACAGAUGCACAAGAAUUCAUCAUCAAUAUGAAAUUGUGAAAAACAGUACUGUUUACUUGUGGUCUUGUUUGAUGUUUCAAAUAUUGUUGAUGCUAUUAAUGUCAGCUGGAUUGACUGUUUCUAUUGUAAGCGUGAAAAAAUAUGAUUAUA